CAACAAAUAGAGGCAUAUAUAUAACAACCAACGUUGUCCAAGUCGAUCAACUGAUAUCCGCCUCCGCACUCUCGCCGGCCGUUCAUCAGUCAUUCAGUUGAACAGAUAUCGACUGUGCGAUCCGCAGUGGUGCCGUGCGUGCGACGAUGAGCUCCACGGGCAACGUCGCCGGCGGCGGCAAGAAGGUGUCGUGGCCGGAGGUGGUGGGGCUGCCGGCCGGUGAGGCCAAGGCCGUCAUCCUCAAGGACAAGCCCGACGCCGACGUGAUCUUCGUGCCUUUCGGGGCGGGGGUGCAGCAGGACCUCAGCCUAAACCGCGUCCGCGUCUUCGUCGGCACCAUCGCCAGCGUGGUGACCGUCGUCCUCGCCCCAAAGGUUGGCUAGCUAAGCGAGCUAGCCAGGGAGCUAUGGUUAGCUCAUGAAAUAAAUUCAUAAACUGAUAUCAUCUUGCAAAUUGAUUUCAUUUAUGUGUGUUGUCGUAUUCUUUAAUGUUCAGUUUUUGAGCUUCGGUUGUAAGACAUGUAAUGGUGAAACAUUGAAUUUGCGAGCAUGUACGGCCUUGCGAAAGAAGGCAACAAAAAGU